AUGUUCAGAUUCGCUAGUUGGACGCGAUAUCGACUCUUUGCGACCACAAACCGUGGGCUAUACUUCCGGGGAAUUAUCACUGCUAGUGUCAUACCUCGAAGUCCACCUAGCUAUGCUCCCAGAGAAGUUCCUACUCCUCUUGUCUUUGUUUCCGCGAAUUCUCUAGACCCAGACUCGGGUAAAGAGAUGUCAACCCUCUCGACGAUGCUCUCCGAGAAAGGUUUCACUUGUUUCCAAAUCGACCUCAGUGCCAGAGACGCAACAGCCUCGACCAAAGAAAAAUCUCAUGAUGCUCUUAUUCAAGAAUGCUCUGAACUGGUCAGGCUCAAUGCCAUUCCCUUCCCUCCUGUUAUCAUCGCUCGCUCUGCUUCUUGUCUCAUCAGCCAGAAAUACAUUUCUUCGUAUCCUGCCACGGGCCUUGUCCUAAUUUCACCACCCAAGGACGACGACGACUUGGAGAAGACGGGUUUCCCCACCCCGAUGAACGAGUUCAUCUACGAACCCAAGUUCCCAAUCGCAGUGAUGGAUACACCGGAGAGGGUCGCCCAACUCAAGAAAGAUCAUCGGUUAUGCAAGGACCCGCACCCUUUCGUCGACAUCGUAGCAGUGACCGAGUUGGAAGGCCAACCGUUGCUACAGGCAGUUGACCUCUGGUUGGAUGAACUGGGCGUCUAG